AUGGCCCGGGAUGAAGAGAUUGCAGUUGAGCCUCUAUCUAGUCAUAUUUCGGUCUACACUCCUCCAACAAUCACCACGACGGUUUCCGUAAUAAAGACCGCAAGGAACAGGAUUUUGACCGAGCCAGAACCUGUUUGGGUUCCGGAAACAGGUAAGCCCGGAAUGUCUGCUGAGGCGACAGAGCUAGACUACGCUCCACUAGCAACUCACAUAUCAGUUUACCAUCGAGAGGUUGCCGAUACUGAAGUCGAUCUGCUGAAAGGAGCAAAGGGUCGUCUGAGAGAGUUAGAAGUCGAAAAGUUGGAAACCACUCAGACGAAGGCUAGUGGUACCGAGCGGCAGCGUCCAGAGAGUUGGAUGCCGAUCGAGCUAUGGGAACAUCUUUACGGAACAAGGCAAACCCAACCAACAAUACCACUAAGUGAACGAGCACAGAUCGAGGAAGAGCUCUGGCGACACUAUUAUCGUUUGAACGAAGAACGAAACACUUAUGCAACACGUGGCCCAUUAGAAAAUGGAGCCAAAGAGUUACAAAGUGACGACGAACUCUGGAGACAUUACUAUAGGCUGUUGGAGGAGAGAACCCACGAAAGAAGAAGCCCUCGUCCAUUGGCGCUGCAUGAGGGCCCGUGGAUGUCACCACCGCCCAGUGAACAAACGUCACCACUAGGCUUCUCGGUUGAGUUGAGAGCUCAUGAACCGCCACGGAAGAUCUAUGAAGAGCUGAGGCCGUCAUCGAGGCAAAUUGUAACACCAAGGAGUGUUGAGCCGAGAAGGGAGAGACGUCUGUCACCACAUCACUGGACUACAGUACACGAGAGGACUACCGUGUCAUAUGUGAAACGGAUGACGUUGAGCCGAUCGCCGAUCAGAGGGCAUGCGCAGAGUGAACCGCCGGCGACUCUGUAUCGAUCGACGAGACCUGCUGCUAGUGCGCCGACGAGUAAAUCGCCGACAGGCCGCUCUCGACCCUGGACUACUUUCGAUAGCAUGCAGGUGCAUCACCCGAUCUUGCCACCGCGUUCCUCAGUGCCAGCCACAGUCAAUGUGGACCGUAGCCAAUCAAUGCAUCGCGAACAAGACCAUCACACGUACAAAAAGACGAAAGCCGAGAAGAAACAACGCCAAACGUACACUGGCGCGUACUCGGCUGUGGCUGAGACGAGCCACGCGGCGCAGGUGCACAAACCCGCCUACUACACGCACACCGAGCACAAGGUUUACCGAGUUCCCCAUGGAACAGUGAAAGAAAUCGCGGCCAUCGACAGAACAGAACUCUACGAACGAGUCGACUCACCAUUGGGUGUCGAAGCAGUCUCGUCGAACGAGGCGGUUCGAAUGCGCACCUCGCUUCGCCAGCAACGCGUGGUCGCCCGACUUCGGCACGACGAUGAGCGAAACACGGACUAUCUCGUUUAUCAAACAAGCGGUCUCGUCGAGCGACCGAUCGAGCAACGAAUGAACGAGCUGCCGCCGAUCGAGUUCGACGCCUAUUCCUGCCGGGGAUCCCAUGCACGAGUUCCUCUACCCCCAGGAGAAUAUCAAGAAUUGGAUCCAAGAUUGAUGUCGGAGGAGGAGCUGACUCGGCGUCGGCGUCCGAUUAAACGCGCCCGGCAACGAAUGCGCAACAUCUGCACGAUGCUU